AUGGUCGGCAAACAUGUUGCUGUGAAAGCCCUCUUAAAUAAUUUUCCAGAAGUGGUGGAAUCCUUGGAAGAACUUAAACAAACUUCUCAUGCUCCGGAAGCAAAGUACAAGGCAGGUAGUCUCUUAAAUUCAAUAAAGAAUUUUAAAUUUAUAUUGAACUUGACGAUUUGGGCAAAUAUUCUCCGCGAAAUCAGUCGAGUGAAUAUUGAAAUUCAAAAGCAAGAUAUAUUCCUUGCGCGUUUCGUCUCUUUAAUGGAUGGCCUGAUGAAAACUUUACAAAAAAUGAGAGAAAAUUCAAUUGAAUAUUGGAUAGAAGAAGCUAAAGAAGUUACUGGAAAAAUUGGCGUCGAACCUAUUCUACUAAAUAAACGAAUUCCGAGGUGCAAAAAACAAUUUGACGAGAUGUGUGAUGACGAAUCACGAACACUUCAACCAGUUAAACUUUUUUUUCAAGCAACAAUGAUGGUAUUUGAUAGACUCUUAUCAGAAAUUAAAAAAGGAUUGGUAAUGCAACCACGUUGA